UGUGUGUCUGACAUGUGCAUCCGCAGGCUAUGCUAACGAGGUGGGCGAGGCGUUUCGCGCAUUGGUGCCGGUCAGUGCGGUGUGGGCCAGUUACGCCGUGGCCACUGCAUACGUGUCUGCUGACGCGCUGGACAAAGGCAGGAAAGCAGCUGCGGCUCACGCUGAGGAUCAUGGAAAGGUGGGGCGGGUGGCCGUCGCUGUGGUCGACACGUUCGUCUGGCAGGCUUUGGCUUCAGUGGCCAUUCCUGGAUUCACAAUCAACCGCGUUUGUGCCACGUCGCUCUUCCUGCUGGGAAAAACCACACGCUGGCCACUUCCUGUGCGCAAGUGGACCACGACCGCCAUCGGCCUCUCCACCAUCCCAUUCAUCAUCACACCCAUCGACAGGUCGGUGGAUUUCCUGUUGGACUCCAGCCUUCGGAAACUCUACGGUGAAGGAGAAAAACAUGAAUGAGCCUUGUCACGACACUGACCUCUGACCCCUCCAGCCAGCACGAGCGCCAGUCUGUGAUCAGCAGCAGAAAUGUGUCUGACAUUGAUGUUAUUA